CUAGAAUGAGAAAGACAGAACACAGAAUCUAACCAGUCUUGCUCUGUGUCCUAAUGAGCUUUUGGGUUUGGAAAAGGACACACCAUUCUUUACUUCCUUAGGGAAUUUAUUCUUUUCCAGAAUGUGAUUUUGCCUUUUAGCUUGCCUUUACAUUCUGAAAAUCAAACUUUCAGUUAUUUUUCAUUUUUUCUCAUGUGUGUAAAAUACUCUUCACAGAUCUCAUAUAAGCCCAAGCUUAUUCCUCUACCAGACAGCUUGAAUUGAAAUAUCAAAGCAGUGUUUCUUUCACUAUAUCUCAGAUUCCUUGUUUUUGUUUUUGUUCUACAUGGGAGCCAGAUUUUCGCGUAUAGCGAAAAGGUUUCUUCCUAAAAGUAAAGUAAGGAUUUUGAUGGUGGGUCUUGAUGGUUCAGGGAAGACUACCAUUCUUUACAAGCUGAAGCUUGGAGAGGUUGUCACAACAGUGCCUACUAUUGGGUUCAACCUCGAGACAGUAGAAUACAAAGGCAUCAAUUUCACUGUAUGGGAUAUAGGAGGACAAGAGAAGAUUCGUAAACUGUGGAGACACUAUUUCCAGAACGCACAGGGGCUUAUCUUUGUGGUGGACAGCAGUGAUAGUGAAAGGAUAUCAGAAGCUCGAAACGAGCUGCAUCGCAUACUAACCGAUAAUGAACUAGAAGGUGCAUGUGUACUCGUCUUUGCGAACAAGCAAGAUUCAAGAAAUGCUUUACCAGUAGCCGAGGUUGCCAACAAACUUGGUCUACACAGCCUAUCCAAACGUUGUUGGCUUAUACAAGGAACCUCAGCCAUCUCUGGGCAAGGAUUAUACGAAGGACUUGAAUGGCUAUCCACAACAAUCCCGAUCAAACCCGAACGGUCUACUUCGGUUGGUAGUUUCCGGAACAAUUCCUAUGAGAGGAAGCUGGUACGAGGUCCGAGGUAUUAAAAGUCUGAAGGCUUUGAAUUGGUUAUUCCAAUGUAGAAAACGGAACGUACCAAAUAUCACAAGUGUGUUUUUGUACUAGCUUGUUUGGUACGCUCCGGUUGGUACGAGCAACCAAAAUAGCUCUCUUCUUCGUUCUAUGUAUUUGUAUGAUUAUGGCGUUUUGUUUUCAAUGUUUCUCAAUGAGAACCAUACUUGACUAUUACUCAUAUUAUUGAGUGAAUAAGGUUUUUAGGGUAUAUAUCUUUACGUACACCCUUUAUAUGAA